GGAAUCCUGUCCUGUAGUUUGACAACAGUUGCUCUCACCAGUUCUUACAGUAAGUUUCAUUCUUUGCUAUUCUUCCUAGCUAAGUAAAAUAAAGUACUUGAUGCAGACCUCGCUUCCGUGACAAUCCACUCUAACAAUAUUGCAAGUUAGAGAGUUAACGUAAGUAGGAGUAACCACCUAGCCAAUUUCUCAACCUAACAAUGUUAGCAAGCUAGCUACCUUCGAGGGCAACUUGUGCCAGUAACAUUGCAGGCUGUAAAAUGGCCUGUUAACCAUGAAUUUCAGCGUCAUAUCAUCAUCCAGAUUCUUUCAGCCUCUGUGAACAGGUAAUGUUAGCAAGCUACAAACAAACAAUUGCCAUGUUUUAUAACUAAACCAAGAUAGACCAUAGCCUGUCGUUUCCAAUGGAAACAAAUUAGUCAUAGUGGGCAGAACAAGCAAGGAGGUGGGCAGAGCCAACCACGAGCUAGCAAGAUCCUAUUGGCGCGUUGUAGCAUACAUCUGCAUAUAUCCAUUAGGGGAACGCCUCCUCUUUGAAGUACGCGUGUGCAGUAACUAAAUUCUCAUUUGCACUCCUAAACAACGCGAUUUUUAUAAACGUUUGCAAAGGGUAAAGUCUACAAAACUUAGUCUACUCUGUUCAUAACAGAUUCUAGUUUUGGGAACAAAAAACUGUAUUGAGAUCAAAUGUUUAAUUGAUGAGAAAAUUUGCAGAAUGUAGGCCAAAAUCCAUCUCGUUCCAUCUUCUUCCAAUGCCAGCCAGUGGGCUUCCUCUCACUACCAUAUUUGGUAGUGAGGAGAAACGCCAAUCAGAUGCUUCACAUUUAUACAUUCGGUGAAAUAUCUUUCUCAUUGUUCUAUCCGGUAACAUUUUACAGACUAUGAUGCGAAAGAAGAGACGCCCCUCUGUGGACAAAAGCGAAAGUGCUGCACCACCAGAUGUGUCAAGUAAGGCUCCCAAACAAACCAAACCACCAGACUGAGUCUGUUUACAACUUUGUCUGUCUCGUGCCAUGAGUCCAAUGCACUAACUAGCUAGCUACAUGCACUGUGGGUCAGUUCAUUAGGGCUCUAUCCCCUCCCUCAUUCAGAGUCCAAGAAGAGUAGGACCACUGGCCGUCAGUCCAAGACCAUGGCUCAGGAGGGCACCCAUAUUGACUCUGUCUUUGGCCAAUUUCUGCACGAGGCUGGUGUUAUCUUGAGUCAGGGCAGUACAUCCAAUGAGAUUGGUAAGCAAGACACACACCCUCAACAGUCACUCAUAAACAUAUUGACUGACUAUUGUUUUAAACUGGAAAUUGUUGGAUAAUGCAUAAUUGUAUUGCUUUGUAAGCUGUGGACCAAGUGGUUUUCCAAAAGAGACUGCAGCAACGACUGAAAAAGAGUCCCAGAUACCCCGGUGUGAGUAUAAUGUUUCAAAUACUGUCUUUGGUAUUGCACGUUCUAUAAAGCGUGUUGCCUAAUAAAGCAGACUGUGAUACCGCCAUGGUUACACUGAGAUUAAUGCCAUACAUUUGUUUGGAACAUGUCCCUUCAUGAGCUCAACAAGCCAGAAUGUUGAAUAACAUUUCAUUUGAACGUACUCUAUCAGUUGUCUGGUUGGUCCUUAUUCGGGUUGAAAUUUGAGAAGAAAUAUCCACAAGAAACUAUUAUUAACCCGACUUUUCAAAACGCUGGUACUGUCAUUGCGAUUUCUAUCACCUGGCACAUGCGCAAAACCAUGUAAACACCUGCAAGACUUCGGUUAUUCUGCAUGCAUUGUGUGCAUGUACUUCCGUUUUGUGCGUGUGCCUUAGGUGAUGAGCAAACAAAUUGUGAUAACCACAAACUGAGACUGCGUUUUGAAGUUGGUUUAAUAAUACUUUCCUGUGGGUAUGUUAUCUUCAUGUUAGAGACGAGAGUCGACAGUCCACACUCAAAAUUGUAAAGGCUAUAAAACGUGCCUGAUUUUCUAACCUUGAUGGCCAACAGAUUGUGCAGGAGUUCAUCACAGGACUGGAGUCUCACAUUGAGGAUCCUGAGAGGUUCAGGAACUGUCUCCUCCCCUGUGUACCACGCCUGGCCGAUGGGUACUCAAGGUAACCCCACACAUCACACAGCCCUAAGGAUAGCAGGGUACCUGGCUCUCUCAGUGGGGGCCAUCAAAUUCUAAUAAAGCUUUGCUCAGUGGCAGUAUAGAAUUUUCAAAUUGUUACAUGGAAACAUAAAUGUCAUUAUGAUUCGACACCUGUGUCACUUUGUGUCCUGUCUGUGGUCCAGCUCUGUCAGCUCAUUUCAGGAGAGUCUGCUGCGCAUGCUGCUGGGGAUCGAGAUGCUGCAGGUAUGACAGCCUCUCUCUAUGCAAGAACACAUUGGCCUGAGUAGUGUCUGAACUGUGAUGUCUUUCCUUGUCAUUGGCCACUAGGUGUGAACUGUGAAUGUAACCACAAUUUCAAAUGGAACCUGAAACCCACGUUCUUUUCUUUUUGUUGUAGACUUUGGUAAUCAACACUUUGUUUGAGAAGCUUCCCGAGUUCAUGUUUGAUGGGUAAGGGCUUUUUUUUAAAAACAUUUUGUUUGUUGCCAUACACAUACAAGUUGACUAUAUAGAUUUUCUUGUACUCUAACCAAAUUACCCUUUACAUUUGCCUUUCUAUUCCCUGUAGUGCUGGAGAGGAUGGCCUCAAUAUCCCUCGUGUUAUUGUCAACCAGCUCAAGUGGUUAGACAGAGUCAUAGACAGCAAGGUACUCAUAUUACUAUGACAGCAGAUCUAACCUAUACUCUACACUUAUUCCACCUGUAUAUUCCCACUAAGUAGCAGGGCCUGACUGACUUCCUUCUGACCUAAUUGUACCCUGUCACUAUAGGAGUUAGCAGGUAAGCUGAUGCAGCUGGUUUCCGUGGCGCCGGUUGAGAUACAGCGUGACAUCAUCACCAGUCUGCCAGAGAUCCUGGAGGACUCCCAGCACAGUGACAUUGCCAGGGAGCUAAAGUGGGUGGAGCCCUGUUAGAGGCAGUCUAGUGUUGUGUGUUGUGAUAUGUGAUGUCAUGAUAAGAUGUUCACAUCACUGGGACUAUCUGCUGUUUCUCCCCCCUAUUCUCUCUCCUUUCCUCUUUAGCUCCUUACUCCAGGAAAACACUCAGCUGACUGUGCCAAUCCUGGAUGCCUUCUCAAGCUUGAAUCUGAGCUCCACUCUGUUGGCUGAGGUAGCCCCCCACACACAAACACACACAUGGUCUGUAGUCCAUUUAUUGUUGUUUCUGGCUAAAGCUCUCAUUGGGGAGUCAAUAAGAGUAGAAUUACACUGUGUUGGAUCUGUUCAAUGAUUCAUGAUGUGUUCACAGCUCAGGGCUUAUUUACGCAAAGGUGUAUUUCACUCACCGACACUGACAUCAUUUGUCCCUGAAACAAUUAUGCUAUUGACUGAUUGCCUAUGUACUUACAUUUAUCCUGAGGAAAUUACAUCAAGUGGCUCGUUGACUAAUAGCUGCCUUUAGAGUAACUAUAGUCUAUGAGCGUGGUUCUUACUUAGAUGUGUCAAAGUCGCGUCAAUUCAAAUCUGGUAUUAGGAACAAAAGAGGUCAACACGACUUCUAAGAUAUACUAGUUAUUUUAAUUAAUGCAAAAACCUUCAAUGGUAAAUAUGAUGUUUCGUAUAUACGGGCUCUCUGAAAUACCUCACAGGGCGCUUCAGAGAACUAACAACAUUGUUUUAGAAACAAUACCCAAAUACUCUGACAGAGAAAGUUUCCCACUUCUCUGCUGGCCAAUUAGAGUAGAGGACUGAGUGUGGUUUAAACUUACUCAGCCAAUCCAUUGAUUCAGGGGUUGGUCUCAUCUCCUUGGCGCCAUUUGUUGCACACUUCAGCCAGGCACAAGAUUAUCAUAACAACCUAUCAUAGUGAGAAGAGCCAGCUCCCUUAUACAUCAUUCCUACGUCCAAGGAAGGCUCACAGAUCACAAAGAACCAGUAUAGUCUAGCAUUUGAAGACACAUCCUUAUCUCAUUUUACCCCCUAAAACAGCUCUUCACAUCAAUCACAGCCUUGCCAGGUGUCACAGCCUACAUUAGCCCAGUCAAGAAUGCAUUCUUUCUAAGUUAGUCAUCCCAUCAAUUUAGGAGAAUGAUAAAUCCCCAAUAGAUGAGACAGUCAUUUUCUAUUUACACAUACACAUUUGUUUUGCAUCUACAAACUGCUCCUUUACCACAAAGUUGUACUAAAAAUCAAUACAUUACAACGAUACAGACAAUAUUGCACACCCCAUAAUGUACACUUGUCCUAAAACGUCUGGUGUCUCUGUGGUCCUGUGUGUCAGGUGCGUGUGGCUGUCAUGGCCACCCUAUCUGCUGUCCAGCUGGAGGACCUGCCUGUGGUGGUGAAGUUCAUUCUGCACUCCAUCUCUUCCUCAGACGCCCUAGAGGUCAGAGGUCACACACAGUGGUGUCACUGCAUGUAGUCUUGCACAUCUCUUUCUAAUAACAAGAACAAAUGAAAAGUGCCUCACAAAUAGUUUCUAUAUGACCACCACACAAAAUGUUUCCCCAUUACAGACCACAAUCUGCAGUGAUGAUGAUGUGUAUUGGUCUCACUGAGUGGUGCCGGGUUCUCUGUGGGGUAUCAGGUGGUGUGUGACCUUCGGAAGAAGCUGGAGCUGGAGCUGUGUGUUUUCCCUCUGGUGCUGCAGGCUUCUCAGAGCCGCAUGAAGAACAAGGGGACAACCGAGUGAGACACUUUGCUCCAACACACUCCAACACACUUAAACACCAACACACUCCCAUCACCGCAGAGCACCAGUGCAUACUGUUAUCAAUCCACAUAACACUACCUUUAGUGGGAUUUUACAUUUAAAAUUAUUCUAAAUGGCAAGGCCACUUGUAUUAGUUUCUGGUCAAAUUUUUCCACCAGGUCCUCCAACACCUCAGCAUCCAGCAGCAGCCAGGACAGUGUUGCCUUGGUGUUGGAUGGCAUUAAGUCUGCAGUGCGCUUCCAGAAGACCAUCUCUGAGGCCUGGCUUAAGGUAGGGAGAAUAGGUAACGCUACAGUCGUAUAUCAACAGCCAGUAACUAUUUCACCAUGUGACUCUCCCUGUGUUGUUCUGCAGGCCAUAGAGAAUGUAGACACUGCAGAGGAUCACAAGGUAAGUCUGAUACAUCUUUCUCUGAUUCUCCUCUUCUCUCUAUGCCUACAAUUUCAUAUGGGCUGGUACUUGGCAGAUUACUUGUUGAUCCUGUGUGUGUGUGUGUGUGCGCGCGCACGUAUUUGUGUGUCUGUCGGUCAGGUCAUUGACCUGCUGGUGCUGUUCAUCCUGCACUCCACCAAUGCCAACCACAGCCGGCGUGGGGCUGAGAGGGUGCUGAAGGUCAAAGUGAGAGCAGGACAGAUCCAGGAGGCUUUGCUACAGAAAACCUUCAGGGGCUACGCACAGGUGGGAAAGUCCUGUUACAGUAGUCCUGUCUGUCUCUAAGUGAAGCUUGUCCUUGGCUCCAUUCUUGUUCCUAUUGUCGCUGCUCAAUAGAACUCCGUCCGUGGGCAGAACGGCGCUAACUCUGAACGUCAACUGACAAGCUAGUGGCUAUAGGUUCCAGUGUGAUAACAUGGGCUUUUUCUAAAUGAAAUCCAUAGAAUACUAAAUAAAAUUGGGCCUAAUAUAUACACUGCUCAAAAAAAUAAAGGGAACACUAAAAUAACACAUCCUAGAUCUGAAUGAAUGAAAUAAUCUUAUUAAAUACUUUUUUCUUUACAUAGUUGAAUGUGCUGACAACAAAAUCACACAAAAAUUAUCAAUGGAAAUCAAAUUUAUCAACCCAUGGAGGUCUGGAUUUGGAGUCACCCUCAAAAUUAAAGUGGAAAACCACACUACAGGCUGAUCCAACUUUGAUGUAAUGUCCUUAAAACAAGUCAAAAUGAGGCUCAGUAGUGUGUGUGGCCUCCACGUGCCUGUAUGACCUCCCUACAACGCCUGGGCAUGCUUCUGAUGAGGUGGCGGAUGGUCUCCUGAGGGAUCUCCUCCCAGACCUGGACUAAAGCAUCCGUCAACUCCUGGACAGUCUGUGGUGCAACGUGGCGUUGGUGGAUGGAGCGAGACAUGAUGUCCCAGAUGUGCUCAAUUGGAUUCAGGUCUGGGGAACGGGCGGUCCAUAGCAUCAAUGCCUUCCUCUUGCAGGAACUGCUGACACACUCCAGCCACAUGAGGUCUAGCAUUGUCUUGCAUUAGGAGGAACCCAGGGCCAACCGCACCAGCAUAUGGUCUCACAAGGGGUCUGAGGAUCUCAUCUCGGUACCUAAUGGCAGUCAGGCUACCUCUGGUGAGCACAUGGAGGGCUGUGCGCCCCCCAAAGAAAUGCCACCCCACACCAUGACUGACCCACCGUCAAACCGGUUGCAGGCAGCAGAACGUUCUCCACGGCGUCUCCAGACUCUGUCACGUCUGUCACGUGCUGUGUGAACCUGCUUUCAUCUGUGAAGAGCACAGGGCGCCAGUGGCGAAUUUGCCAAGCUUGGUGUUCUCUGGCAAAUGCCAAACGUCCUGCACAGUGUUGGGCUGUAAGCACAACCCCCACCUGUGGACGUCGGGCCCUCAUACCACCCUCAUGGAGUCUGUUUCUGACCGUUUGAGCAGACACAUGCACAUUUGUGGCCUGCUGGAGGUCAUUUUGCAGGGCUCUGGCAGUGCUCCUCCUGCUCCUCCUUGCACAAAGGCGGAGGUAGCAGUCCUGCUGCUGGGUUGUUGCCCUCCUACGGCCUCCUCCACGUCUCCUGAUGUACUGGCCUGUCUCCUAGUAGCGCCUCCAUGCUCUGGACACUACGCUGACAGACACAGCAAACCUUCUUGCCACAGCUCGCAUUGAUGUGCCAUCCUGGAUGAGCUGCACUACCUGAGCCACUUGUGUGGGUUGUAGACUCCGUCUCAUGCUACCACUAGAGUGAAAGCACCGGCAGCAUUCAAAAGUGACCAAAACAUCAGCCAGGAAGCAUAGGAACUGAGAAGUGGUCUGUGGUCACCACCUGCAAAACCAGUCCUUUAUUGGGGGUGUCUUGCUAAUUGCCUAUAAUUUCCACCUGUUGUCUAUUCCAUUUGCACAACAGCAUGUGAAAUUUAUUGUCAAUCAGUGUUGCUUCCUAAGUGGACAGUUUGAUUUCACAGAAGUGUGAUUGACUUGGAGUUACAUUGUGUUGUUUAAGUGUUCCCUUUAUUUUUUUGAGCAGUGUAUUUUAUAUUUGAGAUUCUUCAAAUAGCCACCCUUUGCCUUGAUGACAGCUUUGCACACUCUUGGCAUUCUCUCAACCAGCUUCAUGAGGUAGUCACCUGGAAUGCAUUUCAAUUAACAGGUGUGCCUUCUUAAAAGUUAAUUUGUGGAAUUUCUUUCCUUCUUAAUGCGUUUGAGCAGUUGUGUUGUCAUAUUAUGGCAAGAACAGCUCAAAUAAGUAAAGAGAAAUGACAGUCCAUCAUUACUUUAAGACACGAAGGUCAGUCAAUCCGGGAAAUUUCAAGAACUUUGAUAGUUUCUUCAAGUGCAGUCGCAGAAACCAUCAAGUGCUAUGAUGAAUCUGGCUCUCAUGAGGACCGCCACAGGAAAGGAAGACCCAGAGUGCCCUCUGCUGCAGAGGAUAAGUUCAUUAGAGUUACCAGCCUCAGAAAUUGCAGCCCAAAUAAAUGCUUCACAGAGUUCAAGUAACAGACACAUCUCAACAUCAACUGUUCAGAGGAGACUGCGUGAAUCCGGCCUUCACGGUCGAAUUGCUGCAAAGAAACCACUACUAAAGGACACCAAUAAUAAGAAGAUACUUGCUUGAGCCAAGAAACACCAGCAAUGGGCAUUAGACCGGGGUAAAUCAGUCCUUUGGUCUGAUGAGUCCAAAUAGAACAUUUUUGGUUCCAACCGCCGUGUCUUUGUGAGACGCAGAGUAGGUGAACGGAUGAUCUCUGCAUGCUUAGCUCCCACCGUGAAGCAUGGAGGAGGAGGUGUGAUGGUGUGGGGGUACUUUGCUGGUGACACUGGCUACCGCAAAGCUGUCAUUAAGGCAAAGGGUGGCUACUUUGUAGAAUCUAAAAUAUAUUUUGAUUUGUUUAACACUUUUUUGGGUACUACAUGAUUCCAUAUACUUUAUUUCAUAGAUAUAUACGUUAUUUCAUUGAUGUUGAAAAUAGUAAAAACAAAGAAAAACACUUGAAUGGGUAGGUGUGUCCAAUCAUUUGACUGGUACUGUGUGUGUGUGUAUAUGUGUAUAUAUAACAUACACACAAAAGUAUGUGGACACCCCUUCAAAUUAGUGGAUUUGGCUAUUUCAGCCACACCCGUUGCUGACCGGUGUGGUCAUGCAAUCUCCAUAGAUAAACAUUGGCAGUAGAAUGGCCUUACUGAAGAGCUCAGUGACUUUCAACAUGGCACCGUCAUAGGAUGCCAUCUUUCCAACAAGUCAGUUCGUCAAAUUUCUGCCCUGCUAGAGCUGCCCCAGUCAACUGUAAGUGCUGAUAUUGUGAAAUGGAAACGUCUAGGACGACAACGGCUCAGCUGCGAAGUGGUAGGCCACAUGAGCUCACAGAACGGGACCGGCGAGUGCUGAAGCGUGUAAAAAAUGUCUGUCCUCGGUUGCAACACUCACUACCGAGUUCCAAACUGCCUCAGGAAGCAACGUCAGCACAAUAACUGUUAGUCGUGAGCUUCAUGAAAUGGGUUUCCAUGGCCGAGCAGCCGCACACAAGCCUAAGAUCACCAUGGGCAAUGACAAGUGUCGGCUGGAGUGGUGUAAAGCUUGCCGCCAUUGGACUCUGGAGCAGUGGAAACGCAUUCUCUGGAGUGAUGAAUCACGCUUGACCAUCUGGCAGUCUGACUGACGAAUCUGGGUUUGGCGUAUGCCAGGAGAACGCUACCUGCCCCAAUGCAUAGUGCCAACUGUAAAGUUUGGUGGAGGAGGAAUACUUGUAUGGGGCUGGUUAUCAUGGUUCGGUUUAGGUUUUUAGUUCCAGUGAAGGGAAAUCUUAACGCUACAGCAUACAAUGACUUUCUAGAUGAUUCUAUGCUUCCAACUUUGUGGCAACAGUUUGGGGAAGGCCCAUUCCUAUUUUAGCAUGACAAUUCCCCCAUGCACAAAGCGAGGUCCAUACAGAAAUGGUUUGUUGAGAUCAGUGUGGAGAAACCUGACUGGCCUGCACAGAGCCCCGAUCUCAACCCCAUCGAACACCUUUGGGAUGAAUUGGAUCGCCGACUGCGAGCCAGGCCUAAUCGCCCAACAUCAGUGCCCGACCUCACUAAUGCUCUUGUGGCUGAAUGGAAGCAAGCCUUCCCAGUAGAGUGGAGGCUUUUAUAGCAGCAAAGGGGGGGACUAACUCCACAUUAAUGCCCAUGAUUUAGGAAUGAGAUAUUAUACAAGCAGGUGUCCACAUACUUCGACGAGCAGGUGAAAACUUUGCCACAGAUGGAAACCACUGGCCUAUCUUUGACUUGGCCAACUGUUUUUAUCUCCACAUUUUUGGCAUCUUUCAUAAAUUGCGGCCGCCAAUCCACCAUAGAAAUUGUUAGAAAGAAUAAGAUGAAGUUCCGUUAAUAUGGAUAACAUUUGAAAGAGGGCUAAUAUGUGUUUUCCUACAUUGUAAUGGACACAAUGCAACCUUUAGUAGGUAACGUUAGGCUGCUGGCAGGCUUUGGCUGUGGUACAGCAAAGCCAAGUCAGCCUGUGCUCAUGGUUCUCACAGGGGAAAUUAAAUGAUAGGCUACAAUGACUUUGCUCAUGGUCAUGCACCCCGCAAAUUUACAUGUAACUAUAAGUUCCUUGAAUUUUCUUUCGCGGAUGCCUUUUCAUUAUCUUGAUAGACACUUGUGGUUUCUAGCUAACGUGUAGUUAAGCAAAACUUUAGUGGUCAAAACCAUUCAUCUUGGGGGAGCGGGUUUGCAAAAUGCUAUCAUAUCAUGCAAUUAUACCAUUUUAUAAAAUGGUCAGAGAUACAGUGCAAUUGGAAAAUAUUCAGACCCCUUGUCUUUUUCCACAUUUUGUUACUUUACAGCCCUUUUCUAAAAUUGAUUAAAUACAUAUUUUUCCUCAUCAAGCUACACACACACACAGUGAAAACAGGUUUUUAGAAAUUUUGCAAAUUUCUUACAAAUAAAUAACAGAUACCUUAUUUACAUAAGUAUUCAGACCCUUUGGUUUGAGACUAGAAAUUGAGCUCCGGUGCAUCUUGUUUCCAUUGAUCAUCCUUGAUGUUUGUACAACUUGAUUGGAGUCCACCUGUGGUAAAUUCAAUUGAUUGGACAUGAUUUGAAAAGGCACACAUCUGUCUUUAUAACGUCCCACAGUUGACAAUGCAUGUCAGUGCAAAAACCAAGCCACGAGGUUGAAGGAAUUGUCCGUAGAGUUCAGAGACAGGAUUGUGUCGAGGCACAGAUCUGGGGAAGGGUACCAAAAAAUUUCUACAGCAUUGAAGGUCCCCAAGAACACAGUGGCCUCUAUCAUUCUUAAAUGGAAUAAGUUUGGAACCACCUAGACUCUUCCUAGAGCUGGCCGCCCGGCCAAACUGAGCAAUCGGGGGAGAAGGGCCUUGGUCAGGGAGGUGACCAAGAACCCGAUGGUCACUCUGACAGAGCUCCAGAGUUCCUCUGUGGAGAUGGGAGAACCUUCCAGAAGGACAACCAUCUCUGCAGCACUCCACCAAUCAGGCCUUUAUGGUAGAGUGGCCAGACGGAAGCCACUCCUCAGUAAAUGGCACAUGACAACCCACUUGGAGUUGAAGAAACCAAAAUUGAACUCUUUGGCCUGAAUGCCAAGCGUCACGUCUGGAGGAAACCUGGCACCAUCGCUACGGUGAAGCAUAGUGGUGGCAGCAUCAUGCUGUGGGGAUCUUGAGCUCCUGAGUGGUGCAGUGGUCUAAGGCACUGCAUCGCAGUGCUAACUGUGCCACUAGAGAUCCUGGUUCGAAUCCAGGCUCUGUCGCAGCCGGCCGCGACCGGGAGACUCAUGGGCGGCGCACAAUUGGCCCAGCGUCGUCCAGGGUAGGGGAGGGAAUGGCCGGCAGGGAUGUAGCUCAGUUGAUAGAGCAUGGCGUUUGCAACGCCAGGGUUAUGGGUUCGAUUCCCACGGGGGGCCAGUAUAAAAAAAAGAAGAAAAAAAAAGAUAUGUCUUCACUAACUGUAAGUCGCUCUGGAUAAGAGCGUCUGCUAAAUGACUUAAAAUGUAAAUGUAAAAAUGUUUUUCAGUGGCAGGGACUGGGACACUAGUCAGGAUCGAGGGAAAGAUGAACGUAGCAAAGUACAGAGAGAUCCUUGAUGAAAACCUGCUACAGAGGAGGACCUUAGACUGGGGCGAAGGUUCACCUUCCAAGAGGACAACGACCCUAAGCACACAGCCAAGACAACGCAAGAGUGGCUUCGGGACAAGUCUCUGAAUGUCGUUGAGUGGUCCAGCCAGAGCCCAGACUUGAACCUGAUCUAACAUCUCUGGAGAGACCUGAAAAUAGCUGUGCAGCGACGCUCCCCAUCCAACCUGACCAGAGCUUGAGAGGAUCUGCAGAGAAGAAUGGGAGACACUUCCCAAAUACAGGUGUGCCAAGCUUGUAGCAUCAUACCCAAGAAGAAUCGAGGCUGUAAUCACUGCCAAAGGUGCUUCAACAAAGUACUGAGUAAAGGGUCUGAAUACUUAUGUAAAUGUGAUAUUUCAGUCUACAAGUGUUUAUACAUUCGAAUUUUUUUUAUAAAAACCUUUUUUUGUUUUGUCAUUAUGGGGUAUUGUGUGUAGAUUGAUGAGGGGGAAAAAAACUAUUUAAUCCAUUUUAGAAUAAGGCUGUAACGUAACAAAAUGUGGAAAGUCAAGGGGUCUGAAUACUUUCCGAAUGCACUGUGUGUGUGUGUGUGUGUGUGUGUGUGUGUGUGUGUGUGUGUGUGUGUGUGUGUGUGUGUGUGUGUGUGUGUAUGUAUGUAUGUAUGUGUGUGUGUGUAUAUAUAUAUAUAUAUAUAUAUAUAUAUAUAUAUAUAUAUAUAUAUAUAUAUAUAUAUAUAUAUAAUUUUAUUUUUUUAUACAGACUAGCUAAAAAAAUAAGUGCAAAUUCAUUUGUGCCAUGGUUCAGGUGGACACAAGGCUGUUUGGCUCAUCUCAGUCACGAAGAGGAAUAACUUUGCAGCUGUUUCUGAUGUAUGAACAAUGCCAUGCUGGUGGAUGGUAACAUUCAAAUAAAACCCUGCCCUGAAAUGAAACGUUUGCUGAAAAUAAUUUGUAUGUCAUAUCAUAGGAAAAGACACCGCAUUCACACGGAUUUGAACGAAGUGGGCAGUUUGGAUUUGUCACUUCAAGCCCAAAUAUAAAAUACUUUGCCUAAAACAAUGACUUAUUGACUUAAAUCGUUGUGCAACAUCAUGGGUAAGCUCUGGCCAUCGUUUUUAGCUUGAAAAAGUGGAUUUCUACUGACAUGGGUGUUUAAGGUUCUAAUAUUGUAGAGAACAAUCCAUUAAUAAUUGUAUGUGAUUCGUAAUGACAUAGGGCAAAGAAAACUACGUUUAGACAUUCAUUUAGUAGCACCCUCUUGAAUUUACCCGUAUUUCACUACAUUCUAGAGCAGUGAGUGAACGCCCUAUGGUAUACAGCUGAGGGAUGGAACGGGCUGAGGAAAGGGAAGCCGAUUUAGAAAAUAAAUAGUAUAAGGUCAAGAUGAGCUGUGUGACUGAGGUGUUAAUGUGGUGCUGAUGCUGUGUGUGUUUCAGGUGAUGCGAGGUUACUUUCCCUCCAUCUUGGCCCUGGCCCAGAGUCUGCUGCGUUCCCCUGACCCUUGUGUGGUGCCCAUCGGUGGACACAUGUACAAACUCUCAUUCACUGCCUUUGACUCCUACUGCCAGCAGGUAUGUGCGUGUGUGUAUAAUUGUAUCUUUAUGUAUGUGUGCUGGCUAAAAUAUGCUUCAUGUCCUCAUUUCCAUUGUCAAGAGUUUUCAGUUCUUGUUCUUUGUGUGAGUCUGUUCAAUGGUAUCUUAUGGUUCUUUCUGUGUUGUCUUCUGUUAGGAGGUGGUGGGCUCCCUGGUGACCCAUGUCUGCAGUGGAGUGGGUGGCGAGGUGGACGUGGCUCUGGAGCUGCUGUGUGGCCUGGUGACAGAGAAACCCUCUGAGAUGGCCCUCUACGCCGUCUUCGUCAAGGUGAGGACUCAACUGUCCCCAAGACAUGUCUCCAGCAGAUCACAAGCCAUCUAUCUAUUCUGUAUUUGACUGAGAGUUGUCCUCAGCAGGGUCGGUGUUACUAACCUGUCCCUGGUGUGUGUGUGUGAAGGGUAUCCUGGACUACAUGGACAACCUGACUCCCCAGCAGAUCCGCAGGCUCUUCCACCUGCUCAGUAGCCUGGCCUUCGGACAGCAGCAGCAAGGCACCCACAUCCAGGUGAGGGGAUCAGACACUGUGGGGCAAUCAUGGAUAUAUAGGCCUAUUCAAUUUCUAUGGGAGCAGCACUGAGUGCUGUACUGUGUACCUACCUACCAUCUCUGUGGUGUGGUUAUGUGGUGCCCACCAUGACUAUAUACUGUUUUUAUCUGUAUAUCAUUCUCUUGUAUCUUUCUCCCCGUGUCAUUCUUUGUCACAUAUCCACAUCUGUUUCCCCUGUCUCUGUUCUCCUCAGGAUGACAUGCACAUAGUGGUCCGUAAGCAGCUCUCCAGCACCGUGCCCAAGUACAAGCGCAUCGGCAUCAUCGGUGCUGUCAUGGUGGUGGGCAGCAUGGGGGCCUGCAGGUACGAACUGCUGCCCUCUCACAUCCACUCUGCACUUACAGACUUAAUCCUGUUAGCUCCUGGUGGAAAAAAGAGCCCCAACAAUGCUUCUCAUUUUUCCACUCAGUAGGGAGACUAAUUAUAGUGCCUCAAUAUAGUUUCCAUUUCUCAAAUUCUGUAUUCAUCUGAGUCUUGUCUCUAGGCCCAAAGUUGAGGAUUCUCAAGGUGGCACAUUGCCCAAGGAGACAUACAGACAGGUGAGGAGUAUAGGCAGGACUACUGUCUAUGUACAGUCUGAAUAAAGGGCUGAUCCACUGUCUCUCAGAGAGUUUUCCUUUCCUGGUGCUGGGAGAAUGCCUGUAAGUGGAUGGUGUGUGCUGACCUCUCUGUGUAGGUGACGGCUCUGCUGGAGCUGGUGCGGUCGUGCAGUGACAGCUCUCCUGAAGCUGCUGCUCUCUACUAUGACGAACUAGCCAACCUGGUGCUCACCUGCACUCUGGACCCUCUGGUGCAGGUCUGCCUCUCACAUACACCCUCAAGACACACGUUAUAGCUCUUUUAUGGUCCUCUUUCAAAGAUACUUUACCUUUUAUCAUCCAAAUGGACCCUUUAUUGUAGAUUUUAAACACUGGGACACUGCCAUAUUUUAAAGGGUAGCUAUUAACCCUGCCACUGUGGAUCUGGUGUAUUCACUCAGGCCUGGAUAGGGAAGAGUGUGCUGGAGGACUUCCAGGAAGACUUUGUGGUGGAUCUUGGACCAGAUAUAACUGGGUGAGUGAGUGGUGCACUACUGUCCAGGGAAUGGGUGGGGGUAAUAUAGGUCAACUGCAUACGGCUGGCAGCAAGUCAUUACAGAACUGUACUUAUGUUAUGUCUUGACGUUUCAAGAAAUCAUCAAUGUGUAUUUUGUAAAUAGUGUGUUGUGUAGCCAGUUGUCCUGACCAUGUAACCGGGUCCAGGCCCUAGUAAUAACUUACCUUCUGCUGUCCCUCCUCCUGUAUGUCCUAGGUCCUUCCCCUUCCCCGCUUGUAUGAUGUACAACCUGGACGAUGAGGAGAGUCAGGGAGGCAUCGCCAUCAACCUGCUGCGACUACUGUCUGAUGACCUCCAACACAAGGGGGAGCUGUGGAGCCAGACUGGGAAAAGCAAGACACAGAGGUCAGACACUAGUUUGGCUACAGAUUUGAUUAUCUAAUGCAAAACAAUGCAGAAUGUCCAUACAGAGUUUAAUCAUAUGGAUAAAGCAAUAGAUUUCAGUUGCUGCCAAACUAUGAAGUGUUAUUGAAUGGUUUGAAGUGGAUCAUCUAAACAAUGUAUUUCUCUCUGUUCUGUGUGGUACUAUAGGCGAGUGUCUUCUCUGUGCCUGUCUCCGUUCUUCCGGCUGCUCAGGCUGUGUGAGGAGCAGCAGCAUCAGGGAGACCUGGAGGAGAUAGAUGCCCUACUGGGUGAGGAGGAAUCCUGUGUUUUGUCUGAUGGAGCAGGAACACACAUCAACUGGUUCUCACUGGGCCAAAAAGUCUACUGAACUAUGUACAAGUACUUUUUGAAAAUGAGAACACUUCAGGCACUGUAGAUCAUGUAUGGCUAGUAACACAGCAGCAGACACAUGGUGUUUCAACACGGCCUGCUGGGAGUGUAGUAGAUCUGCUCUGGUUCUUGCAGUUCUAAUGGGAGUUUGUAUGUGUGGGUGUCUGUUUGCAGGCUGCCCUCUGAUCCUAACUGACAUGGAUGUGGUGGAGAAGUCCGAGAGCCUGUCCAAGCCUGAGAGAGAGUUCCUCUGUGGCCUGCUCUUCCACACCAUCAACUGGUUUAGAGAGGUUACUACAGCUCUGUCUUAGAUGAGAAUUCUGGUCUAUAGCAAGACACGUAUAUUUGCUGUGGAGUCCAUAUGAUUUCUUUGUGUUUUAUAUGCCAAUGUGAGUGUAUUUUUGCGCACAGACCUUUAGUGUGUACGUGUGUGUUUUUCAGGUUGUGAAUGCAUUCUGCAGUCAGAAAGAUCCUGAGAUGAAGAUGAAGGUGGUAACUCGUCUUCAGAACAUCACCUACCUCCAGACUCUGUUGGAGCGGACUUUGGCAGGUACUAUACUGCCCUGAAACACUACUAUAACACAAUGGACAGGAAAUUAAAAUGUCAACCCCAUUUUAUCAACACUUUUCUGAUCAAAAUGUUUAAAUCUUACAUGCUUUAGAAAAUGUGAGAAUUCCAUGGACUGUUAUUUUGACUAUCCCUGCUUUUUUUGUUUCAAUUAAUUUGACCAUUCCUGCUUUUGUGUUUCAGCAACCCCUGGCUAUGCUCCUCCUCUAGCCAACUUUGAUGGGGAGAGUACAGACGGAGCUCCACUGCCUAGCUCCUCUGCUGCUCCAAAGAAGGGAAAGAAAGGUAAGCAGGCCUAAAAGGGACAUACCUUCCUCUGUAUACUGACCAGGGGAAAUAUAAGAAAAAAUAUUCCUCUUUCCUGAGAUGAGAUUCAACACUUAUUGUGGUGGUUGUCUUGCAGAGGGUACUGGUAAGAAGAGGAAAGCCACUGCUAAGAACUCGUCAGCAGACACCUCUCAGCUGGAGGAGGGCACGGAGGCAGAGGAGACCCAGCAGGUUAACACCCACACAGAGGUCUGACCUCUCACCUCCGUCACAUGAUGUGACUGUUACACACAAUACUCUCUUUAUCAGGACUGGAAUUUAAAUGAUAUUUUCUUGUGUUCCUUCUACCCUGCAGGACCAUGCAGAGAAGGAGAAGGUUCAGGAGGCCAGCAGACCUGGGGUCAGUCUGGUUUCCUACCGGCCCUUCUUCAGGGAGCUGGACAUGGAGGUGCUCAGUGUGCUACAGUGUGGCCUGCUCUCCCGCUCUCUGCUGGACAGUGAGCUCCACAGCAAGGUAGGACACCACCCAGCCCAGAGCCUACACACCGUACACCAUCAGGGUUGGGCUCUAAUUCCAUUUGAACUCCGCCAAUUAAUGAGUUGAAUGGAAGUUCAAUUACUGAAUUGAACAAUCAUAGUAAAGGUGUUAGGCAAUUAUCACAUUCUCUGAAUUUACUCAGUUAACGCCAAAUUGGCCCCAACCGUGUACCCUGUAUGUGUCUCAUACACAUUCAAAUAAAGCCAGGGACACUAGCUAGAAUCCCUCCAAUGUCUCUGUGUGCUGUAAAGAGAUGCUGUGGUCUUGUGCAGGUGCGUGAGGAGGUGCAGCUGGGCCCAGCAGAGUUAGUCUUCCUGCUGGAGGAUAUGUGGCGCAAACUGGAGUUCAGUCUGACAGCUGCCCCUGCCAAGAGAGCCCCAUUCUUCAAGGUAGGACACACACACACUGUGUGUGUUGUGUGAGUCAUAACAUAAGCUUCUCUUUCAUCUUCCAUAUUGUCUCCUGGCUGCAGGGAAAGACAGACAAGAGCGUGGGUUUCUCCCACUUGCAGCAGAAGAGCCCUAAGGACAUCGCUGCCUGCUGUGUCCAGCUGCUGCCCACUCUCUGCACCCACCUGGAGAACUGCCACAAUCACUUCCAGGUGCACACACACAGCUUCAUGUUUUUUUUGUUGCCAGGCACACAUUUAGCUAAUUGUUGUAGUGUCCCUCUUUGUGACCGUCUUUCCUGCUGUGUACAGACUCUUCUGUCUGAGAACCAGGGGGUGGUGGAUGCCCCAGGCCUGGAUGUGAGGGAGCACCAGCUGCUGUCCUCAGCCUACCAGCUCCUCCUACAGGUUCUACACACCACCUUCAGCUGGUCAGUCACACCUGGACACAACACCACCUGCACACUCCUGCCUUUCAGGACAGUAUCCUCACCUUCAAGGAAAUUACAAUUACUCUGGGUUUGGCAACUGUGGUCCCGGAGAGGUUGGUGUUGUUUUGUUCCAGCCCGGCUCUAACAUACCUGAUUCAACAUAUGUGAAUCAGGUGUGUUAGUGGGCUGCUACAAUGCCUGCCCACACUGUCUCUCCAAGAUCAGGUUUUUCCAUCCUUGGGCUAUCUCUAUGGAUCUGGUACUGUAGCCUACAGUCCUGUCAGUUGUAUCAGUAGCUCUUGUGAAUCACUCUUGUCAGGUCUGGUUUCUCCCAGCCAGAGCACCGUGGCCUGCUGAAGAGGACUCUGGGAGUGUUGGCUGACCGCCUGAAAGAGGGAGGGCCUGAACUGACCAUGGACCAGCUCAUCAAGUGAGUGGAGAAACAUUCCCUGUCAGCUCUAGGUGAAGUGUGUGUGUGUGUGUGUGUGUGUGUGUGUGUGUGUGUGUGUGUGUGUGUGUGUGUGUGUGUGUACACAGUAUGCUAAAGCUGUUCUCCCCUAUCUAUGGUCUUCAGACACAGCUUUGAGUACCUGCUGAACUUCCGCAGCACGGUUCCCAGCCUCAGCAUAGCUCUGUGUCUCUCCCAGCUGCUCAGCACUGUGGCUGAGAGAGGAGGGCACCAGGCUACAUACAGGGAGCAGACUGGUGAGACACACACACGCUCCAUCAAUUUCUAUAGGAUUGAUGCAACAGUGAAAUAGACUUUAUCAGGAUCAAUUCUAUGACAAUCCAGUGAAUUCUGAAGAUUUAUUGAUAUUCUGAAAAGUGGCAUUUAUUUUCGAUGAGGAUCAGCUCAUCAUAGAACGGUCUCUCCCUCUAGUAACCCUAGCCCGGCGGUUCCUGUGCCAGGAGUGGGUGACUACCAGCGGAGACAGAGAGAAAGGACCCAAACACAACGAGACUCUCCAAGCUCUCCUCAGGUGUGUCUCACAAGGAUUCACUGAUCAUGUAGAGCAGAUUAAUAAAUUAAAAGGAUACUUCGGAAUUUGGCAAUGAGGCCCUUUCCCUACUUCCCCACAGUCAGAUGAACUCGUGGAUACCAUUUUUAUGCCUGCAUGCAGUUUGGAGGAAGUUGCUAACUAGCGCUAGUGCAAUUGCUAACUGACUUCCAGUCAUUGCGCUUGUUAACAUUGGCUUACGAAACUACCUCUAACUUCCUUAAUACUGGACGCAGAGACAUGCAAAUGGUAUCCACAAGUUCAUCUCACUCUGGGGAAGUAGAUGCAUCCCGUUAAGUAUCCCUUUAAGGUGGCCAUGGCAUGUCAGUAUACUGCAGACACUGGAAAGGGUCAUUUACUCUAUAGGGGAGUCCCAACAGUCUUGUAACCUCAUUUAUUCCAGCUCUUCUACUGCUAUUGUGGUUGCCAUGCUCCCAGUGGCUGUAAGGUGAAUGAAAAUAUUAAUGGUGUUCAUGAUGUUCAUUCCCUCCUCUCCUCUACACUCCCCUUCUCUGUAGUAUUUACCUGGAGCACACUGAUGAUGUUCUGAAGGCGGUGGAGGAGAUAGCUGGAGAGGGCAUCCCUGAGCUCCUCAACGCAGCCAAAGACGCCAGCUCUAGAACUUGGCCCACUCUCAACAGGUAGGUGCUGGGACACACUGUACUACUACCACUAUCUCUCCUGACCUCUACAUACGAGGGCAUUCAGUGACCCCCUGUCUGCCUUUGUUCACCUCUUUCUUUCUCUCUUGUCCCUCUCUCUCUAGGCUGACGUUCCUGGUCUUCUAUAAGGGGAUGAUGGGAGAGCUGGAGAAGGCUGUAAGGAAGAUUCCCCCUGGCAGAAACAGCGACAGUGCUGAGGUACACUGUUAUACAACUGGACGCACAUUCACAGACAAAAGCAGAGGAACUGCCAGUGGAGCUAGGUGGUGCUAGUAGCCAUCGUGCAGUGACUAUGAUACACUUAUGUGUGAUUGCAUACAUUCAGCAAGCAUUUGUGUGUGAUUUAUAAAGUUACAUUAUUAACCCUUUGCUGUGUCCAGGUGAAGAGUGAGAAGCUGCUGACGUGGAACCUGGCUGUCAGAGACUUCCACAUCCUGGUCAACCUGGUUAAGGUACUGAGACUGUUUACACUGGGAGCUAGUCAUGAAUGGGUUAACCCUUAUUCAAACAAAUGAUGUCUACUAUGUGUUAUGAUUGUUCAAUUCACUUUGGAAGAUGCAUGGCUGGAAAUAGCGUUUAAAUUACUAUGCCCACACUAAACGACAAUAGGGCCAGGACAAUACCAGUAUUGGAAUAUUUUUUCCAUGACAAAAAUGAAAACACGAAGCAGACCAAACUCUUUGGUCCUACCGUAAGUCAAAUAUUGUGUACUAUAGCUUGGAAAAUAAAUAAAUGUGACGCUGGAUGACAACAUAUUGUUUGUUUGCAACAUUAGGGCUGUUUUCCUAAAUCAGCUCUGUUUUGUUUCCUUGCCAAGAUACUAACGAGUAUCGCGAGACUGGUAUUGUCCUGGCCCUAAACGACAAGCAUGUCAACAUGUAUUCCCCUGGGUGUUCUGCCUCUCCAACACACUCUGGAUGGAGGGAGAUUAAGACAUCUGUCAUGCUCUGCUGGCUCCAUGCCCAGUGUGUACGUGUGUUUGGUGUGUGUGUGUGUGUGUGUGUACGCGUGUGCAGGGCUGUGUGUGCAUGUGGAUUGGCUCUCUGCUGGCUGGCUUUGGGUGUUGAGAAGCUAGAAGUAAUGUGUUCUCCUUCAUCUUUCCUCGUCAGGUGUUUGACAACAGACCAGUGCUCAAUGUGUGCCUGAAGGUGAGUCUCAGUACAUUGGCAUUUGCUCUGCCUGCCACAGUGUCAGACACAUUCCAUAACUAAUUAUAUUAAUUGUAUUUUUAUGUUGUUGUCAUUGUUGCUAGUAUGGCCGUCUUUUCCUGGAGUCUUUCCUGAAGCUGGGGAUGCCAUUGUUGGAUUUCAGUUUUAAAAAGCACAAGGUACAAGCCAAAAGACUGAGGGAAAAAUACUAGAGAGAAUGGUUUAUUUCAAAUUCAAUAAGGAAACAUUACAUGGUGUCAAUAGCAGCUCAUGCUGAAUUAUUUGACACCAUUUAUAAUAGUCAUAAAUACUAGAGCCCUGCACGGGCAUUAAUUUUAAUCCUGAGCCCUACCCAUGCCCGCAUCGUUCAGGCCCUACCCUACCUAGGCCCAAUUGCUUCUGCCAAAUUAAAGGCCCUGCCCAAAAUCAGAAAUAGCUUCCUCCAUUAGUAAAUCCAUUAGCUGCUCCUCUCUCUGUCACUCGCUCCCUGCGCGCUGCUCGCUCUGCUCAUGGCGGCUCUGAAUCUGAGUAACCAUAGCAACGGCUCUGCUUGGGCUUCUCUGCUCAAUGAAGAGACAUGAGAUAGCUGUUAGCUACUUUUCAUCACUGAACUCAAGGAGCAUUAUUUUCUGUCUUAUAUUUGAUAAGGUUGAAGCACUUAUGAUCCAUGUUAUGAUCUUAGUCAGAUAUGACUGUACUACGCAGCAGAGCACAAACAAAUGGCUCAGCUUUAAAAUGUUAGUGAUCAGUUUAGUGAUACCCGAGCCCUGCCUGUACCCUAGUUAUUGAUGAAAGAACAGGGCCUAACCCCAAUGUAUAAUGUUGGGGCCCGUCGGGCUCGGGUCGGGUAGCAGAGCUCUAAUAAAUAGACAAGAAAUCCAUCAACACAAUAAAAUCUACAACUUUAAAAUAGUCAGUUGUUCAGUGUAAUUUGGUGUGACUGUGUGUCCACUCUGUCUCAGGAGGAUGUCCAGAGCCUGCUGAAGACCUUCCAGCUCAGCACCAGGCAGCUCCACCACAUGUGUGGACACUCCAAGGUACAACCCAGCCUCCCAACACUGCUCCUGUCCUCUCCACAGAAACCUGUGUGGAUGAAAUAUGUGUGAAUGACGCUAGCCAACAUAUAUCAGUGAAGUCUUGAUUAUGAGGAUGUGUGUGACAUGAAAAGGCAUGUUUUGUCGUACUAUUUGUGUGUGGUGACCUGUGGUGUUGUUUCCCAGAUCCGCCAGGACACCACCUUGACCAACCACGUGCCAGCCCUGAAGAAGAGCCUGGAGCAGUUUGUGUACAGAGUGAAGGCCAUGCUCACCCUCAACCACUGUCAGGAGGCCUUCUGGCUGGGUAACCUCAAGAACAGAGACCUCAAGGUACUGGCUGCCGCACUGGGGGGCAUCAUGUGUGUGUGUGUGUCAAGGGUGAAAUUGUGGUCUAUAUAUUGGGGGGGACAAAUAGUAGAUGGGGGGUCCUACCAGUAAUAUUUAUUUUGACACUUUAAAACAAAUUUCCUGCAAUUCUACACAGUUUGAUAUUACUUAAUAUGCCUCUCUUUGAAAACACAUUUAAGUGGAAGGAUAAGUUUACAUUUUUUGUCAUUUAGCAGGCGCUCUUAUCCAGAGCGACUUACAGUUAGUGAGUGCAUACAUUUUCAUACUGGCCCCCCGUGGGAAACGAACCCAAAACCCUGGCGUUGCAAGCGCCAUGCUCUACCAACUGAGCUACAGGGACUAAGUCAUUAAUGAAGGUAUUUCAAGGGAAAUAUUAAGAAGACACAAAAGAUGAAGACUGAGUUUUAUGACAUGACCCGCCAAACCGCGCUUCUUAACACCCGCUCACUUAACCCGGAAGCCAGCUGCACCAAUGUGUCGGAGGAAACGCCGUUCAACUGACGACCGAAGUCAGCCUGCAGGUGCCUGGCCUGCCACAAGGAGUCGCUAGAGCAAGAUGAGCUAAGUAAAGCCCCCCCCCCUGGCAAAACCCUCCCCUAACCCGGACAACGCUGGGCCAAUUGUGCGCCGCCCUAUGGGACUCCCGGUUACGGUAAUGAUACAGCCUGGGAUCGAACCCCAGGCUGUAGUGACGCCGCAACUAUGCGAUGCACCACUCGUGAGGCCGGAAAGUUUUUCUUUGUAAUGACAGAAACGCAGACGACUUGGUACUGUUUUGGUGCAUUCGUUUUAGCCUGCCAGGGAUGCCGGGUCAGCGCCAGCGGUGUUUUCAUCUCGUUAAACUCGAUCGAGCAGCCCAAAAAUAAUUCCAGCCAAUGGGGAAAACCAGAAAGAACUCACCAUCUUUUCUUCUUCAAUCUGAGCCAGAGCGCUCUGACCCAAUGAGAAUUGGGGGGCACCAAGGGUGGCCAAUCAUAUUUCAGGGGGGGCUGGUAGCCACCCCUCACCCCCCCCUGACUGAAAUGAGUGGGGAAGGGGUGUGAAUAGACAGUGACUGUCUAUAGGCUGAGCGGAGUAGAGGCAGCACCUACAUUUGAACACAUUUUGACAUGCGUCAGAGAGAGAAUUUGCAGUUUUAUAAUGCUAUUUUACACAUUUUGUCAUGAGGUUAAGAAAAUUGUGCAGUUUAAAGCUAAUUUCCUGCAAUUCUACAUAUUCUGCCAUGGGGCAGAGAGAAACAUUUGCUGUUUAAUAGCUCAUCUCAGGCUAUUCUUCACAUUUUGCCAUGAGGAUGAGAGAACAUUUUGCAGUUUAAAGCUAAGUUCCUGCUAUUCUACACAUUUUGUCAUAGCAUAUGAACACGUCAUAAGCAAUCUGGGCCCCCAACCAAAAUAAUAAUAAAAAUAAAAAAGUAUUGAUUUUAAAUAAUUGUGGGGGAUGAAUCGACCUGUUCUGAAUAUUGGGGGGGACAUGUCCUCCCAUCCCCCGUAGCAAUUUUGCCUAUGGUGUGUGUAUGUGUGUGUGGCCUCACAUUGUGGGGUCAGACAGAUGCCUUUGUGUUGCAGGGUGAGGAGAUCCUCUCUCAGCGCUCACAGGGGAGUGAUGAAGAGGAGGAGGAGGAGGAGGAGGAAGGCUCCCCGCUGCCUCAGGAGCAGUCAGAGGAUGAGGUACUGGCCAUAAUCUACUUUUAAAGCUACUGUAUUGAGUUAAAUGUAAUUGCUAAAAUAAUUUAUCUUUGCUACAUCUUUGAUUUAAAACACAAUGUUCUAAAUUCCCAUAAGGAAAAGAGACAGAAGCUAUUUUGUGGCGUUUUAUAACCUUUAAUUUUCUGCAAGCUUUCUGUCUGUUGUAAUCCCAAGAACAGGUAGAUUUGUUGAGGAUCCUUAUGUAACAUUGAGGUUUACAGGCAGCUGAUAGGGAAAUGGGCAGCUGUGUGUGGAACACUGGGCUGUUAAGAUAAGGUGUACUGUUUCAGUUCCUGGCUAAUUAUUACUGGCAAGAUCUAUGAAACAACAGUGAGGCAGGUUCAGGAGCACAGAGCCCUGCUGUUAGACAGCCCUCUAGUCUACACUAAUGGGGGGAUUUGCUGUACAGCAGUGUUUCCCAAGUCCAGUCCUCGAGUACCCCCAACAACACACUUUUUUGUUGUUGUAGCUCCAGACAAACUCACCUGAUUCAACUCAUUGAUGGCUUGAUGAUUCGUAGACAAGUUGAAUCAGGUGUGCUAGUCCAGGGCUACAACAGAAAUGUGUGCUGUUGGGGGUAGGACUGGAUUUGGGAAACUGCUGUACAGUAACCCUUUAAAACACUGCUCUGUUUGUUUAUCACACAGAGGUACUUACCUAGCUUAAUCUGCUUGCAAAGGGAGAUGUUUUACAGCCCAAUGCCCUGCUGUGGCAGAAUCACCAGAGAUUUAGAAUUUGUCCUGUUUCUUUCAGGCCCAGGAAAGCGACUCCGAUGGGAGGAAGAAUGGCAACCGGAAGGAAGAGGGGGACGAUGAUGAAAUCACAGAUGACUUGGAUGAU